CGGGUAGAAGUAAAUGAAAUGUUUACGAAAAUAAAAUGAAAUAAUUUACAGACCGAUUAAAAUCACAAGGAAGUAAAUAUCAAGCGAUUCUAAACGCUUAAUAAAAGUGACGCUCUAUUUCUAUUGAAAAACAAAUUUAAAUAAGACUUUUUGGGGGAUUUUGUUGUGGAAAAAAGGAAAACUAUUUAUGUUUGAAGAUAUUUAGCCAGAACGCCAGUUGUCGUCUGUGUGUACCGGAAAUCAUCAAAAUGAUGAUAAAAGAAGCAAAGAAGAAUAUUUUUGUGCACAUUGCACCAGUGUUUGUUAUGAUAAUUUGUUUCAAUUCUAUUGGAUUAACGGACGCUGAUUUACUUCUAGAGGGGGAUGUCACAAUUGCUUCUAUACUUGAUAUACAGGAUGUGACUGAUGGUAAUUGUGGAGAUAUUAAUGUACCAUCGGUAAUGGUCAUGGAAGCUAUACGAUGGUACCUUGAAAAAGUCAACAGCGAUGAAACACUCCCUUUCAAACUAGGAUUAUCAUAUUACAAGACAUGUGGGAAUACUGGACUAGCUGGACAACAUGCCGUCGACAUAUUAUCAAAGUACCGGAUGGCAAGAGUUACCAAUUCUUCCGAAGACUUCAUAGUUGGCGUGCUUGGCCCAAGCUACAGUUCUGAAGCUCAAAUUGUUUCAUCCAUUCUUGGGUCCCAGCUACCUUCGGAGAGGUUAAUACAAUUAGGAUAUUCCUCUACAUCGACCGUAUUGAACGACAGAAUCCGAUAUCCUAAUUACUACAGAGUCAUCUCAGAGGAUGGUAUCCAAAUAACUACAAUGGUUCAUUUGAUGAAAUCUCUGGAAUGGAAUCGAAUCGCCGUGGUAUAUGAGAAUGACACAUAUGGUAGAAUUGGUGCAGAGUCACUGGAUAUCGAAGCAGCUAAAAAUAGCAUAUGCAUAUCUCGGUCGUAUCCAAUCACAUUAGACAGCUCAAGGAAUGUUCAUUUAUCGCAGCUCAAUGACAUCAUUGAAAAAAUUGCUGUAUUGUCUCCGAGCGUGCAGGGUGUUGUUUAUAUUGGCGGAAAAGUUGUGGCUAAUAAAAUCUUUCAAAUUAUAAAUAACCUACACUCAUCUGAAGUUCCUAUAUUCAUUGUGUCAGAAGCAACUCAGUUGCAGCUCGAUGUUUUUAAAUCUGCUGGUAGUGGUAUUCUUUCAGAUGCAAAGGGAACUCUUGUUGUUUCAGCCCCAUAUUCAGAGGAAAAGGACUUUAAAAGUUAUUGGAAUUCAUUAUUUACGAAUAUUGAAAAAUUACGUAACGCAUCAGGAGUGAAUCCAUAUCUUUUUGACGUAUUUGAAGCGUACAGUGGAUGUGACAUCAGGAAGGGGUCAUGUCUGCCGCUAACAGACGCCGAUGUAAACGCAAAAGCCUCCCCACAAUCUGUGUAUGUAAAUUAUGGGGUACUUGCAACGCAUACGCUUGUUGAAGUUUUGAAAAAAGUUUCUGCUAGAAUAUGCAAUGGUGAAUGCUCUUCUGUACAGGAGUUUAAGGAUAACUUUAAACCAGGUCAAGUCAUAUUCGAAAUGGACAAUCUUACAGUAUCAUACAAUGGUAUCUCUCUUGCUUUUACAAAAGAUUCUCCAAAUGGCAAAGUAGGACCGAAACAAAAUAUUUAUGAGGUCUACAAUUAUAGAGAAGGAGAAGAAAGUAAUGCAUUUGAGCUUGUCAAUGUCGGUUACAUGACUAACGAUGAGUUUGUGUUAAAUAAGGACGAUAUUCGGGAUUACGCCUCUGAUGGAUCUGAGAGAAAAUAUCCAAAUGUCAGGAAAGGUCAAUGCCCAAUAAAACAAGUUUGUGACGAAUGCAUUAGGAGUGAUUUGGCUGAGGUAGAUUUUCACAUUCCCGGGGAUUUUUAUAUUGUCGGGAUUGUGUCAAUCAACAAUCGUGCAAUACCAGGGCCACAAGGAUGUGGGUCAGUUAGAACCAGGCACGGGUAUCAGAUGUUUCUUACCCUACAGUUUGUCCUGGAAGAGUUUAAGAUACGAAGCUGGUAUGAUCAAUACGUCAAGAACUUUGCCGGACACAGUAUAGGAGUCAUUGUCAUCAAUAGCUGUAACAACGAUUUGGAAGUAGUCCGAAAAAUUCUUACACUACAUUCUGAAGGAUUAAAAUUACCUAAUGGUGACACUCUUGACAUAAAGAAUAGAAUUCUGGGUUAUGUUGGCGGUCAGUCUACCGACGUCAGUGCACCGGCGGCAGAACAGCUGACAAAGCUAAAGUUUGUCCAGGUUAGCUACUCAUCGACCAAUCCUAUACUAAGCAACAAGGACCUCUACCCGUACUUUUUAAGAAUCAUAACACCUGAUAAUGUACAGGCCAAGGCAAUGAUAGACAUUGUAAAAGAGCUAAAAGGGAAAUACAUACAGAUAGUUUAUAGUGAAGGGGCAUACGGUGAAGGUGGCUAUGAAGCUGUCAAAGAAGCAGCAGCUGCGGCCCAAAUUUGUAUUGCACAGUCUAUUCUUGUGAAAGAAAAAGAUCGUUAUUACGAGUACUUCGAGACUCUGAGGAAGAAACCACAUGCCAAGCUUGUCAUAGUAUUCCUUCGUUCACACGUGGUAGGGCCUUUUAUGCGUGACAUGGAGGAGGGAGAAAUGAAACGCGGAGAUUUUCAAUUCAUUGGUUCUGAAGCUUGGGGAAAGAACUCAGAGAUAUUAGACUAUAAAAAGAACAAAGGAUCAAUAACCGUUGCAGUUGAAAUGGAUAAAAAUACUUAUUUAGAAGAAUUUCUGAAACAUCAAAUUCCAACAUUCAACAUGACAAAUCCAUGGCUUGAAGAAUACAUCCAAAACAGACAGAAGUGCCAUUUUGACUGGAGCUUUAAUAAAAAGUAUGAAGCGAAAUGCACGGAAGAAAAUUUACCAAUCUCAGAUGUUGAUUUUGAAUCGGACCCUUGGUGCAUUUUUGUCUUCAACACCAUGAUCUCGUUUUUAAAAGGAGCUGCCAACUUUUAUGAUAAGAAAUGUGGAAAGUCUUCAAGCAAAACACUAUGUGAGGAUUUCGUCAACCAUCCCGAAGAUUUUGUUGAAGUAAUGAAACAAGUCAGAAUGAACAUAUAUGGAUCUGGAGAUAUUUUGAUUUAUGACAAAAAUGGAGACGGUCUUAUGGGAUAUAAAGUCUACAAUAUUAAAACCACAGCGGAUAAACAAUCGAUGACAUACACUCCGGUUGGCUCUUAUAACGGAGGCCUGGUAUUCGAGAAGGAUAAUGUUGAAUAUCCGACCGAUGCUACGAUUGUGUCUUCGUGCCCCAAUGAACAAGCAUGCAAGCCCUGUCAACCUGAUCCUGGACCUAGGCCUGUUACAGUUUCUCCACCGGAAUCCUAUUUGACACUUAUUCUCGGCAUUAUUAUUGCAGUGUGCGGCGUCAUAAUCAUAGUUUUAAUUGUAGUUAUUAUUUUGAAAUUCCGCAAAAACAAACAACCAAGAGAUAGUACAUACCUGACUCCACAUGGCUUGAAUAGUACAUACCUGACUCCGAAUGGCUUGACUGCCAGUAUGGGGUCUGACUGGAUGUAUGAAGGUGAAAGACAAGUAGGGGAAGGAGCCCACCAAAGUGAUGGAAGUGAAAUUAUUCCUGAGGAAAAGUUUUGAAACCUUCACCUUCAAUAACUAUAUUAUCUUUUCUCACUUCGAAAAUAAAACAGCGAACCAUACUGUUACACUAAGCAUUUUAGUUAGCAUUAUACCAUGCCAUUGUACUUAGCAUUCACGUAACCAUUUUGCCAUACCUUAGUACUGAAGAUUCACCCAACUACUAUAUCAUACCUUUGUACUUAAAACUCACUUAAUCGGUUUGUACAAUUUCUUUGAAGAUUAGGAUUGUAGCUAUAUUCUGAAACUGAAAUUGUUUUUGUUUAUCUGUUUGUUGUUUAUAAAUGUACUUGUUUUAUACGUAUGUUGUUCUACCGGUGAUAGUUCUCUGAAAAUGUUUCAAUUAAAAAAAAAAAAUAUAAAGAACUAUGAAAAGCAAAAAUUAUGACCAUACCGGUUUCAAAACUAUUUAUGUUUUUAAACUGAUAUGAGUUUGGGUAUUACACAUUUUGAAAUUAUUUAACAUAUUUUUGUGGUGUUGUUUUGUUUCUUUAAAACAAAUCAAUUUUAGAACAUUAAAAUGUACAUAUUCUUACACAUGCUUUCUAGUGUCAAAUUAUAUCGUUCUUAUCAUAUACUGUGUAUUGUAUGUUAAGCGUCCAAUUAAUAAAUUUUUAAGAAGAAAAUAUUA